UAUAUUUACGUCUACAGCUGUAUCUUUCCUAAGUUGGUUUCUAACAGCUCACGCCUACACUCCCUUCCUACUUCCUGUCCUCCCCGUUUCUGCCUUCUCUCACGUCUCGCAAACUCCCUCCCAAAUUCUCUCAUUCUUCCCCACAACUGCUCUCCGUGCCCCCACUCAGAUUUUCACUCAGUUUGCUCUCUCUCCACAUCUCGGUUUCUUCCUUUCCCUCUAUCAGUUUCUCUUCUUGUUUUUCCUCUACCUCUCUAUUUCUUCUUUGCCCAACAGCCCUACAGCCGAACUCUCUCUCUUCUUCUCUGUAAAUCUUGCAUCCCAAGCCCCACCUCAGCUUAUCCAUCCAACCAGCCACCGUGAUCUGCCCCACGGAGUUGCAAUAACCACCGUAAAACAACCCCCGUCUUAGCCACACGUUCAACACAGCCACCGCUGCACAGUAGCCCACCCCUCCACCGUAAACGACCAUCUCCAAAGCCCAAAGCCUCACCGUGCGCCACCACCUCCCUCACGACCUCAGCCGCAGCAACAAGCUGUUACUGAGAGAACGUUCCUAUCAUACGUGAAGUUCAGCAACCGCGCGCAACCAUUGCACCACAUCUGGCCACCAUCGCCUGACCACAAACGUCCGCCCAGCUUCACCAAGAUUGUCUGCUCAGCCACCGUGUGAUAGUCCACUUCCCAACUCUAUGCACACGUCCCUCCAUUGACAGCCAAAACUGUCCGCUUGGCCACCAUAUGCACCUCUGUUUUUACUUCUGAAAAACAGAGCACUGCCACAGAAAGCAAGACCCCAUGUCCCUCUAUUGACAGCCACCGUUUCUCGCUGGAAACGGCCACAAGACACUGCCGCAGCUUGGUCGCGCUACUCCCGGGACCACCCUCCACCGCCACGCAGCGGAGGCCACGGCCAAUAGGAAGGCCCGUCAUCCCAGAUUCGCCGAUCUCCUCCCUCUCCGUCGCGAGUUGCACUCUCUCUGGUAUUCCUAGAAUAGUUGAUUGUUUGAGAGAAUUGGAGGUUGUUAAUCCCAUGGAAGAAGAAAGGUCAAGAGAGGAACAUCAUGUAGAUCAAGAAAUAUUAGAAGAACAAAAAGAUGACAUACUCAAAGGUAAGAUCAUGCUAUCUCGCAAAAAGUCGGCUAUUCGUGAUUCUUUCGAUUUAGAGGCAAGUAAAUUCACUACAAACCAAGGCUUAUCUCAGGUCGAAGAUUGGAAAACAAUCACGAAGUUAGCAUUUCAGAGCAUCGGUGUUGUAUAUGGUGAUUUGGGCACUUCACCUUUAUAUGUGUUACCGUGUAUUUUCCCUACUGGGAUUAAGCACAAUGAUGAUAUACUUGGAGUGUUGUCUCUUAUCUUUUAUUCUCUCAUGUUAAUCACUUUGAUUAAGUACGUUUUCAUUGUGCUAGCGGCCAACGAUAAUGGUGAUGGAGGAACUUUUGCUUUGUAUUCUCUCUUAUGCCGCCAUGCCAAUGCAAGCUUGACACCUAAUCAGCAAGCUGAAGAUAAAGAAGUGUCCAACUACCGACUAGAUGUGCCAAAUCAACGGCUCAAGAGGGCAUCCUUUGUGAAGUCCAUGCUUGAAAAUAGCCAAACAAUAAAGUUCUUCAUAUUGUUCAUGACCAUGCUUGGCACUUCUAUGGUUCUUGGAGAUGGAAUCCUUACACCAUGCAUCUCAGUGUUGUCGGCGGUGGGAGGAGUUAAGGAAGCUGCUAGUGGACUUACUAAUAAUAUGAUCAUGUGGAUUUCAGUGGGAAUCUUGAUUGUUUUGUUCCAAAUUCAAAGGUUUGGGACAGAUAAAAUCGGCUACAGUUUUGCUCCAAUACUUACAAUUUGGUUCUUUUUCAUUGGAAGUAUUGGCUUGUUCAACUUCUUUAAGUACGAUCCAAGUGUUAUCAAAGCAAUUAAUCCAAUAUAUAUCAUUCAAUACUUCAAGAGGAAUAAGAAGGAUGCAUGGAUUUCUCUUGGAGGCGUCAUCCUAUGCCUAACAGGUUCUGAAGCCCUCUUUGCUGAUCUUGGUCACUUCAAUGUUCGCUCAAUCCAGAUAAGCUCAUGCACUAUAGUUUUUCCAUCUAUUGUUUUUGCUUACUUUGGCCAAUCUUCCUAUCUCCGCCAACAUAGUCACGACAUUAGCAAUGCCUUCUAUAGUUCAGUUCCAAAAUCGGUAUAUUGGCCAAUGUUUGUAGUUGCUGUAAUGGCAUCCAUCAUUGCUAGUCAAUCCUUGAUCUCAGCUUCCUUCUCCAUCAUCCAACAGUCAUUAGCGUCGGGUUGUUUCCCAUGGGUUAAGGUAGUGCACACUUCCUCUAAAUACAAAGGACAGGUCUAUAUACCCGAGAUCAACACUAUUCUCAUGUUGGCUUGUGUGGGUGUGACUCUUGGCUUCAAAAACACAUUGAAGAUCGGUAACGCUUAUGGAAUUGCCGUGGCAUUCGUAUUUACGAUCACAUCCACAUUUCUUGUCCUUGUGAUGGUAAUGAUAUGGAAGACAAACAUGUGCUUGAUAGUCAUCUAUGCCCUAUCUAUAUGGCUUUUGGAACUCCUAUUCUUGAGCUCAGUUCUCUACAAAUUUAUGGAUGGAGGGUAUCUUCCUUUGUUAUUUGCCAUGGGUACGAUGACAAUAAUGUAUUUGUGGAAUUAUGGCUACCGCAAGAAGUACAUUUAUGAGCUUGAUAACAAAGUUUCUCUGGUAAAAUUAGUUGAGAUAGCUUCAGAUACUAGUAUCCAUCGGAUCCCAGGUCUUGCAUUGUUUUACACUGAGCUUGUCCCAGGAAUUUCCCCAAUCUUCACACAUUACGUAGCCAAUAUCUCAUCUCUACACUCAGUUCUUAUCUUUAUCUCGAUCAAAUCCCUACCCAUAUGCACAGUGCCUUUGGAAGAUCGAUUUUUGUUCAAAAGAGUGGAGCCUCAUGAGCUAAGCAUUUUUCGAUGUAUUGUGCGAUAUGGAUAUAAGGAUGCAAUAAUAGAGUGGGAGCCUUUUAAGGAGAUGUUGACAAUUCAGUUGAAGGAUUUCAUAAGAAAAGAUGUGUUCAUGUCUAGGCUGCCACACACUACAAAUAUGGCUUCAUACGAAUCAGAUGAUAACGAAUUUUCAUGGCUGAGAACUCAAGAGAUAGCUGAAAGGGAGGUAGAAAAAGUGGAUGAAGCUCUGAAUGUUGGAGAUAUUGUUCAUCUAAUGGGUGAAGAUGAGGUGGUUGCUUCAAAGGGUUCAAGCUUCUUGAAGAAAUUAGCGAUAAAUUAUGCCUAUAAUUGGUUGCGAAGAAGUGUGAGGCAGGUUGAUGAAGUUUUUAUGAUUCCUCGCAAGCGACUUCUCAAAGUGGGGAUAACUUAUGAUGUCUAAUAAUAGAGUUUUGAUCAAUUCAGUGUGGUUUUUCUCUUUCUAUUUUGUUAAUUAGACUUCUCAUGUCAAGUUUUCAUCAAUAUUUUUACAGUUGGUAAUUGUUGAACCUAAGGCUUUAACUUUCGUGUAAUUAUA